UGUAGAAUUCUACUAGAAUGUUCUACAUUUCUUCCUAUUAAACCAAACGGCUAACAUAAAUGAUUUUUUUUUAAUGAUUAAUGUCAAUAAUUGACAUCUGUCAUCGGUAACGUCUGUCAGUCCGUCAGCUGUGUUUUUGCUGUUUUGGCGUGUACGGUGUGAUAUUUUGAAUAAUUUUGAUAAACAACAGUUUUGAAAAAAAAAGACUCACAAUUAAAAUGUUUAAUGUAUUUAGCCGAAAAUAGUGUUGAGUUUAUACGCAAUAUAACAUAAUGAGGUAUAAAAAUAUCAUUAUCGUUAAAAGAUAACCUGAAAUGUAACUUUUAUAUAAUCAAUAUGCACUUGCUAGAACAACUAGUUUCCUAUAAAUAUCACUAGUUGCUUCAUUAACUGGUGACGAUGGGGUCAACUGAAAAGAAGACAUAUUGUCGGCUGUGCCUCUGCAAGAUUUCGGGUGAGAAUGUCUUGUUAAAUGGGUUUGAGAAGGACAUGCUGGAGGUCAUUCUGCCUGAACUGAACAUUACAAUAUGUAGCCAACCAUCAAUGUGUAAACCCUGUACAGAAACAUUAAGGCAACUAUAUGGUUUUAAGUCAAUAUGUUUGGAAGUAGAAGAUAAAGUACAGGGAUUUGUAAACCCAAAGACUUCUUCAUUUGUUGAUCUUAAUGAGGUUGUAAAAAAGACUGUCAGAUGCAAUAUCUCAGGAAAGUUAAGUGUAUGUAGGACCUGUUUAACAUUAAGUCAAGAAUCGGAACUUAGUAAAUUAGGUAACUCGGCAGGAGACCCAUUGCGGAACAUGGUGGAGAAGUGCCUACCUGAAAUGGGCCUUAAUAUUACUAAAGAACCGUCAAUCUGUUCACACUGUCUUGAACAAUUCGAGGAGCAGUUUAAUUUUAUUAUGCAAUGCUUAGACACUGAAUCAAAAAUAAAUUAUUACUGCGAAACCAAAAAUAUUUUAACCAAUGUAGAUCUGCAUAAUGUAUAUCAAUUUUCAAUUAGAAUGGAGGAGUCUGGAGAGAAUGGGAAACAAUAUGAGGAAAUACCCGGUAGUGAGGAGGUCAUUGAGAUUAGUCCAAGAAAAAGGCCGUCAAACAAUAUGAAACGGGAACAGAUUGUUGAUUUAACAAAAGACAAUUCUCCAGUGAAAAAAACCAAAAACCAUAUCCCCGAGAAAAAAACCAGACGUUCAAUGUUACAUGAGGCACCAGUCGAAGAAGUAACAUUUCAAAUGGCCAUUAACCAUAAAGGGGAACAAAUCAUUACGUCGGAAACGACCAAAAUCGUUCGAGAGAACGUCAGUGAUAGCGAGGAGUCUGUGAAGCGUGAGAGUGAGUUACUCAUGGUUAAAAAGGUGGUGAGCACCACUCGCUCCUCACCUCGCAGGAAUUCAAUUACCGCAAAUCAUAAAAUGAACGGGGUGGUGCAGAAACGAAAGUGGGAGUUUAAGGAUGACGAUUAUCAUAGCGAAGAUGACGGGUCAGCAAAGCCAAAACGACUCCUAACGCAAAAAUGCAAAUACUGCAAGUUCAAGACGAAGUUUAAAAGUCGCAUGAAAGCGCACAUGACCAGAUACCACAAGUCCGAACUGGAAGAGGAAAAAGCGGAAAUGAAACUGUUCAAGUGCAGGCAGUGCACCUUUAAAACCGAAUGCGAGAAGGCGUACCAAGACCAUAAGGCGGAACAUAAAAAGGAACGCGAGCGUCAGAGUUGCCCGCAUUGCGAGGCGACUUUUAUCAGGCCAGACUUUCUGACCAAACACAUCGCGACCCAUAAGGAGAACGAUAAAAACGAACCGUUUAUCCCGAAAACCGUUAAGAAAAAGAAAGUGAAACAACUAGCCAUCACCAGUACCAUGAGCAGACCGGGCAAUUCCCGCACCUCAUUCAUGAUGAACGGACGAUCUUUCAAAAUGUUCAAAUGCGGGGUGUGUCCGUACCAGACCAGAUUGAAGAGCAACUAUCACAAACACGUGUCGAUCCAUAAGACCGGCCAGACGGGCAUCACGGUGAACAAAUGCGCGAUUUGUCGCUUCGAGACUAUUCAUAAGGAAAAUUAUUUGAGUCACAUGGCGAAACAUAAGAACGAGCAAGCGGAUGUGGUGAGACGGUGUUUCUUGUGCUCGUUUCAACCGAAUAGCGAGCAGGAGUUGGCGAUGCACGUUAGUAAAGUGCAUAAGAGCGGUAGCGGAUGACGUAAGGGCAGCGGGAGCAAAGGUGGGGGAGGAACCUAAGAAGAAGUUUAUAUUAUCUUUGUGGGAAGGUAUUUAAAAUUUUUAAUUUUAUAUCUCACAGGAAGAACUGGAAGGGUGAGAGUCGGUAGAGUUCUGUACAUAGAGUAUUCGAUCAUCUCUUUUAUUUGUUUUUUUUUUUUAUAAGAGUCUUAGGUGUAUUAUAGGAGUCUUCUAGCAAAGGAAUUUGCAACAAUUGUUCACGAUUGCCAGGCACUUCUUAUAUAUUCCGGGCAUUUAAAGUUAAUUUUCAUUUUAUUCCAGGCAAUUGAAAUUGUUAAAAAAGUUAGGGCAAGACGUUACACUAAUCUAAUCCGAGUCACAAAUUUUUCUAUCCCGUUCAUUUAGGUAUUUGCUUAUUAACACUCUUUCUUCUUACCAAGAAAUUUGUGUUGCUCCCUUCUGUUUUGUCCAGGUGAAAAUUUUAACUAAAACUUUGUUGAAGCUUCCAAUAGACUUUGAGGGCAUGAAAACUGCAUAUAUCCUCAGAUAUGUAACCCUCUUCCUUACCGCAAACAGGCAGGAAUGAGGGGGUUCUAAUAAUUUAGUAUUAGUAAACAGGCUCUACAAUGAACCACAGAGUAGAUGCAGGUGUACCAUUCAUUCGUUUUCCAAGAUAUCUGGCACAAUAUUGGCUGAUUUAGAUCUUUUUCACUGUCUAGUAAGACAGAAAUGUUAAAUGCAAUUACCUUUUUUUGGACGUUUUCCCUCAGUAAGAUCUUGUCGGCAUGCAAGCUACGUUUCGAAAUCUAACAAUAAAUUGACUUCAAAUAUAUAUUUUGUAGCUUCACAUCAAACAGUCAACAGCUUACCAUUAUUACUAUGAACUAAAUGCAGAACAUUUCUAAAGUGUCUCAAUUCAGAUACCAAAUUUGGGGAAAUUGCGUGGUGGUGUGAGGCCUCUGGCCACGCACAAGUCGUGGUUUAAGACACAUUUUUAAAUAGUACGAAAUUCUAUUAAUGUUUUGUACUUUUGUAUUUGUCACUAAGUUUUGCGUUUUAAAUUAGACUAAACACCAAUACAAAGUUUUCAAAUUAUUUCAAUUAAACCAUUUCAUGCGACCAUCUUGUGGGUGGCCAAUAACCCGAGAAAUUGUGCUAAUAGAAUGAAAUUUAAAGCCAAUUUUGUAUUUUCAAGAAACAAAUAAUUUAAUGAUUGUAGUAAUAAUUUAAGACACCCUAUAUAUUUAAUAAUAUGCACACACCGAUAAUUAUCGGAAUCAUAGUUAUGAGUGUCGUUGUGUUUUUGUAUUGUUGUAUUAGUUAUUGACAGAGCCAUUUGGUAAAACAAAAAUUUAAAUGUAGAUAUAAGAUAUGAAUUAUAAUAGGAACCAAGAAAUAUAAUAAAAUUACCUACUUAAGUAAUCUAGAUGUAAUAAAAUCAAAAUUAAACAGAACAUUAAAAGAAGCAUCGGAUCAAAUUAUCUGCGUAAAACAUAAUAAAAAAUUGUAUUAAACGAUUAGUUAUAGAAGCUUCACUAUUAUCAAAUUUAAUGAAUAUGCAGGCAGAAAAAAAUUGUCUAUUUCGAUUGCUCUAAAAAGUCGCAGGAUUAUAAUUAAAUGUUUUUAUCAGUAGUAGAUACUAAAUCUAAAUUAGAAUAAGCUACAACUAUUGAAAAAAAACACAUAAAUUUAUUUAAAUAUUUGCAAUAAGUUGCAAGUUUAGCAAAAUGUAUCUAUUUGUCUCAGCAACCUAUCCAAAAAUUCAAAAUAUUAUUUUUAUCGAGUCUUAUAACAUCGAAUACUCGUGUACAACUUGUCAAUAUAACCAAUAAUUAUCGCUGUGUGUAAAACUCUACCUGCAACAGUCUCUAUAUGCAGAUGUGACAUAGACUGGACUAAUUGGUUUUCCACUGAUAGUAAAAGUCUCCACCCUGUUAAGACUAAGAAAAGUUCAUCAAAAUUUUGUCCUUAUUAGUUCUAGCUCUAAAAAAGUAACUUUUUGUGAAAAAUGUACCUAUUACUUCUUUUUUUUUAUUCCCAUAUGUUUUGUAUAUUAUAGGUAUAACCUUUUAAUCGACUGAUGUAGUCCGACUGUCUCAUUUUAAAACAUGUUAUAUUAAUUAUAGUAAAUUUCUCGUUUCGUAUACUCUAAACAAAAAACUGUAUCUUUAUCAAUGAUUUUUAUUGUCUAAAUUAUUAGUCAUUAAUGUUACUGUAAAUAUACACUGUUAAACGUCCAAA